AUGAGAGUAUGGAGUCACGGGAAGGUGGGGCAGGUCACGGUCGAAAGGCAAAAGACAGAAAUAUUCACCUACAAGAAGGUGGCCAACUGGGUCAAGCCCAUGGUGACCACAUUACCAGAAGGGUUCCAAAUUGUGCGAAGGAAACUGCUCAACCCGCUAGAGGGGCUUCCAACCCUACUGGUCCAGCUGCCCGAAUUCGAGCCUCAAGGGAGGUACACACGAGAGAGGCACGAUACACUUAAUGUCACGGGUGAUGGUUUCCUCUGGCCGGAGGAGGUGAAGCUCACAGAUUUCUUAAUGUGCGCACAUGACAUGGCAUUUGCAUGGGACGAAACGGAAAAGGGGCAGUUUCAGAAUGAGUACUUCGACCUGGUAGUCAUUCUGACGGUGGAACACAUCCCGUAG